AUGUCUCAGGACAAUAUCGAAGUCCUGCUCGUUGCAGAUGAAGGGGCUCAUAGUGAUACCCACUCAGAGCUCGGCAGUAGCAUUGCUUCCUCGACAACCAGUCUGCGCAGCUCUAUUCUCGAUUAUCGAGUGGAGAAUGGGCGAACUUACCACCGGUACAAGGACGGCAAAUACAAUCUUCCAAACGACGAAAGGGAGAACGACAGACUCGACUUGACACACCAGCUUUGGCUGCUUGCCCUUGACAAUAAGCUCGGUGCGGCCCCCGCUUGCCAACCGAACGCUAAGGUCGGCCGUGUUCUGGAUGUCGGCACGGGCACGGGCAUAUGGGCCCUCAAUUUUGCAGAGGAGCAUCCCGAAGCCGAUGUCCUCGGCAAUGAUCUAUCUGCAAUUCAACCAUGCCGCUGGGCUAAUGGGCAGUCAAGCGUGCUUCCAAAUGUCAGGUUCGAAGUAGAUGACGUCGAGGAAGAAUGGACAUACUCCCAGCCAUUCGAAUACAUCCACAGCCGAGUGAUGACUUCGAGUAUCAGCGAUUGGCAACUGUAUCUGCGCAGAUGCUACAAGAACCUCAAGCCCGGCGGCUACGUCGAACUGCAGGAGAUCGACCUGUUCGCGGUCUCGGACGACGGGACGCUCACGCCCGAAAACGCCCUGUCGAAAUGGUGCAAACUCCUCUUCGAAGCGUCGGAGAAAUUCGGACGGCCCUACAUACGGGUCCCGUCGCUCAAAGGCAUGCUUUCCGACGCGGGGUUCGUCGACGUGACGAUGAGCGUGUACAAGUGGCCGUCCAACGGCUGGCCGAGGGCGCAAAAGUACAAGGAGCUGGGGAUAUGGAACAACGAGAACAUGAUGGCUGGCCUCGAGGCGUUUUCAAUGGCACCCCUGACGCGGGCUCACGAGUGGACUCGGGAGGAGGUCAACGUCUUCCUCAUUGACGUCCGCAAGGAUAUACACAAUAGAGACGUCCAUGCAUACUGGCCCAUAUACUGCAUUAUUGGCAGGAAGCCAGAGAAGGGGGAGUCGAAGGCAUGA